UUUCUCCUUGGAGAUGUGAAAGGUGAAGCCAAGAACAGCAUUACUGACUCACAAAUGGAUGAUGUUGAAGUCGUUUAUACAAUCGAUAUACAGAAGCAUAUUCCAUGCUACCAGUUGUUCAGCUUUUAUAAUUCUGCAGGAGAACUGAAUGAACUUGCCCUGAAGAAAAUACUGUCAGGCUGUAAGAAGAGUGUAAUAGGAUGGUACAAAUUCAGACGUAACACAGACCAGACCAUGACAUUCCGGGAGAGACUUCUUCAUAAGAAUUUACAGUCACACCUAUCAAAUCAGGGCCUUGUAUUCCUUUUAUUAACCUCCAGCGUGAUGACAGAAAGUUGUUCUACUUACAGACUGGAACACGCCUUACAUCGGCCGCAAGAAGGUCUUUUCCAGAAAGUUCCUUUGGUGGUUACCAACUUGGGUAUGGCUGAACAGCAGGGUUACAGAACAGUGUCUGGUUCCUGCGUAUCUUCUGGUUUUGUGAGAGCAGUAAGACAACACAGGUCAGAAUUCUUUUAUGAAGAUGGAUCCUUACAAGAGGUUCAUAAGAUAAAUGAGAUGUAUGCCACCUUGCAGGAGGAACUGAAGAAAAUAUGCUCUACAGUAGAAGCCAGUGAACGAUCUGUAGAGAAACUCUUAGCAGAGGUGACCCAAUUAAAAGAAGAAAUAAAGAGGAAAAAGCAACAAAGUUGUUCAGGAGAAGACAGAGACUACCCAGGAGAGCCAAAGGAGAAUGUUCUCCUUUGUCAGGCACUGCAGACAUUUUUCCCCAAUUCUGGACUUCAGACAUGUAUCAUUUCCUUCAAAGGCCGACAGAUAACCAAGAACUGCUGUAACAUUGACCACAGUAUUAAUGUCAUGGACAAACUGACUCUCAUGGUAGAGGAAAGAGACUUCCCUGAAGCUGAAACAAGACACCUAACCAAGCGUAAGGUCAGAGGGACCACAACAGGAUCAAAGUCAUUCAAGAAAUCCAGAUCGCUGCAGCUUCACCAAAAAUUACUUCGAGACCAAGAGGACAGUGACCAGGAAAGGAAGCUUACGCUGAGCAGCACUGAAACAGAUGAGGACGUGUUGGAAAAAAUUAGAGACACAAAUGAAUACCCACACUCUCCUACUUUCUGAUCUGUUCAUGGUUUGUCCAGAUGACUUUGCACCAAAAGCUACUGCCAGCAUAUUCAAGUGACAUACCAAUUUAUAGCACUGCAGGGAUAAAAA